UCUGUCCUUUAUACACAAAAAGAAGUUUUGAAUGAGCUGUGUUAAUUAUCAGACGUAAAACCAUGGCUAUAAAAAGCCAGUAUUUUUUCAUAACGGUAAUGUUGCUUCUAAAACACCCGUUUGUUUUGGGGGAGGACUGCAAGUGUGAAGGAUUAGUCAGUGUUUUGAAAAGUACAAUGUCGAGGGAAAUAUUUGAUUUGAAGAUGGAGAACACUAUGCUUCAAGCGAGAAUGGAUAAAAUGGAGUCAAUGCUUCAGGAAAAGUCUUCGGCAACAUCGUCUCGGAGUUUGGACACAGCCCAGCUUGAAAGGUUUGAAAACAGACUGUCUUCGAUUGAAUCAAACAGACAGCAUACCAAGAAGGUCCCUACUAAUACAUUGAAACUGCACAGCCUGAUAGCUAAAGCUCUUCGAUCAGAGAAAGUAAAAAGGAUUCAAGCAGAAUCAGAUAUGAGGAAGCACAUGCAAUUCUUCAAUCAAAGUAUUAGUGACUUAAAAUUUAAAGUUGAUUUCGUGCUGAACUCCAACCUAACGUACAUUGUUGAUGACAUAGAAAAGGUGGAACAAAAGAUGUACGAUGGUCUUGAUCAAGUUGAAAACGACAUCAAAACUCUUCAAUCAAAUAUUUCAGAACUGCAAAGUCAAAGUAAUGCAUUAAGUGACAAAGAUAUAUCAGAACUAGGGCUCGACCUUGCUGCGAUGAACAAAAGCGUUGCAACGGACAUAGCGGAAAUUGACAAGCGGAUGUCUGAUGGUUUGUUAAAUGUUAAAAACGAGAUCAAGACAAUGCAAUCAAAGGCGAAGAAACAGUACCAAGUAAAUGUAUCAAUAGAUAAGAAUGUUACAGCGCUUGAGACAUCUCUUUCUACGAUUGAUCAGGAUGUCUUAACAAUGAAAGCUGAUAUUAAAACAUUAAAGGAACGAUCAAUUAUUUUGUUAAAAGUAAACCAAUGUCCAGAGUUGCCAAGUAUUAGAAAUGGAGAAAUAUCCCAGAAUACAAAUGAAGGAGUUCGAAAUGUUUAUGGAAGUAUAGCCGAAUACACAUGUAAUAUCGGUUACUCUUUGAAUGGCAACACGAGCAUCAAGGUAUAUAACAGACACUGUCAAGCAGAUAGAACAUGGAGUGGCAAACAACCAACUUGUGUCGAAGGUUGCAUACUGCCAACACGUGCUGCAAAUUAUGAAGGCCAAAACAUUGUUAGCCCUGGAACGACGUUAUACAACUUUGCAUGUGACAGUGGUUAUGUUCUUUCAUCGCAAAAUGGAAUGACGUGUCGGGAUGGCGGAUCAUGGUCUCAAAUUGUUACCUGCAUUAAAGAUGUGGAGGCCCUGUGAACAGAGGCCUAAUACAGUAUACUUGAAACAAACAAACUUAUUACACAACGUUAAGAUAUACUGGUGGAGGCUGACCUAACCGCCGAACCUGGGAUCAGAAUUCAACGGAGAUCAGGUAUACAAAAAACAGACAUACAGAAUCAGUGACUACGUUAAACGUUUAUAUAUGACACGUACAUAUUUCACAGUUCUGGAAAACAGACACUGUCAUGUCCGUACAUUAACAUGUGAAAACUGCCAAUAUUCCAUGUGAAGCUGUAACGACUGAAGGGUAGGAAGGUGUAGGCUGAACUUGAACACAUAAGAUGUACCUGAAAUUAUAAAGAAAAAGGAGAACACAAGCAAAAUAAGGGGAGUGGAGGGUGGGAUAUUAAACAUCAGCAAGUAUAAACAAUCGAGGAUUCCUCCGAUAAGAAGCAAAAUCAACCCUCGCAUCUAUUUGCAAACGACCUUCUUCUUCCAUGUGCAAAACUGAAAGGACCCAAAAGGAGAUUAAUUCGCAACAAGUAUAUUAAUAUACCAACAAGACAUAAGCUAAAGUGGGCCCUUACAACAGGAUAAGAGCUCCUUCAGUAACAGGUUUUGAAUGGUAAUCAUUAAAAACACAUUACUGAAGAUAGCUUGGCACAGAAAUAAUAAUACUAAAAAGAACAACCCAAGACAGUUGUAUGAAUACAUUACUUUUACUAUUAAUAAUUUUACUAUAGCAAGCAAUUAGUAUCUAAUUUCGUUUAAAUUAAUGGUUGGCAGGAAUUGGUCACAGCUUCACAUAAAUGUCAAUAUACAAAUACAUAUGAUAUAAAGUAUAUGUUUAAAAUGCAGAUGUGGAGGCCCUGUGAACAGAGGCCUAAUACAGUAUACUUGAAACAAACAAACUUAUUACACAACGUUAAGAUAUACUGGUGGAGGCUGACCUAACCGCCACAUGUCGAGAAUUUGGAACAACGUGGAAAAUUCUUGACAACCGCCACCAGUUACUCAGUUAACAUAUAUCUUUUUUAUUCAGUAUUUAAUUUAGAUGGUAAGUUUAAAUUUUUACACAGUGCGAAAAUGCAUUUACAUAUAUCAAAUGUUAUUGAUUGGCA